AUGAAAAGUAACGGAAAACAAUUAACAUCAACAAUAUUUCCAUACGUUGCACCAUAUUUAAUAAAUGAAUUGAAGUUUUUAGAAAUUUUAGAAUUAUCAUUACUUUCAAAACAAAAUUUUAAAAUUAUUAGAAAUUUAAUAACUUAUGAAAGUAAAGAAUUAAAUAUUGUAUUAGGAAAAUUUGAUCAAUUAAAAUUAUAUAUUCAAUUAUCAUUCAUAUAUAAUCUAUCAUAUUCAAACUAUGAAUUUAAAUUAAUUCAAUAUAAAGAUAUUGAAUAUAUUAAUUUAAAAAGAGGAAAUAUAAAAAUUGAAAAUAACAAUGAUUAUCUACUUGAAAAUAGUAAUAAUAAUUGUAAAGAUUAUUUACUUUCACAUUGUUCCAAAUUAAAACAUAUUCAUUGGGUAAUGGAUAUUAAUAUAUUGAAAUCCACAAUUGGGAAAUUAAUAAUUGAUUAUACUGAUAACGGAUUCACAAGUUUUGAUAGGUUAAUUUUAAAUAUUGAUUUUAAUAAUCUACCAUACUCAAAUACAAAUGAAAUUGAAUCAUUACAAUUCAUAAAUACAUAUACUCUACAAACUGAAAAUGUUUUUAAUUUUAAUUUUAUUAAUAAUUUUAAACCAAGAAAAUUAAUAAUCCAUGAUGAAAAUAUUGGUUUACUUUAUAACAAUAUUUUUAAAAUAAAUCAUUUAAAUUUAAAAGAAUUAAAAUGUUUUAGAAAUAUAAUUGGUUCUUCAAUUUUAAUUAAUUCAAUUUUUAAUUAUUUAAAUCAACAAACACAACAUGUUCAACAAGAACAUUACUCAUCAAUCACAAGUUUAAAAUCAAUUCAUAUCAAUAUCAAUACCACCUCAAUUAAUACUACCAACUUUAUUGAAUUUAAAAAUGAAAUUCAAUUAAUUAAGGAAUUAAUUAAAAAUCAAUCUCAUAAUAAUAAUAAUAAUAAUAAUAAUAAAACUUUAAAUUAUUUAAAGUUUAAAAUUACAUUUAAUAAUAAUAAUAAUAAUAAUAAUAAUAAUAAUAAUAAUAAUAAUAAUAAUAAUAAUAAUAAUAAUAAUAAUAAUAACAAUAAUAAUAAUCAAUACAUAAAUGAAAUUAAUUCAUUUAAAAAUUUUAUAGAUUUAAUAAAUAAUUUUAAUUUUAAUAUUAUAAUUAAAAUUAAAGAUUAA